UAACAUCUGUGCCCAUCUUCCUCUACUUUAUAUGUGGGACACCUGCCACAGCAUGGCGUGCCAAGCAGUGCCGUGUCCGCAGCCGGGAUCCGAACUUGCAAAUCCCGGGCCGCGGAGAUUCAGAACGUGCGAACUUAUCUGCUGUGCCACCGGGCCAGGCCCCAAAAUUGACAAAUCUUUAUCCAAACUGUUCUACAGAAAAAGGUGGAAGAAUCAAAUUCAAAGAAUCAAAAAGAAAGAGGGAUAAUUCUAUUGGACAUUACAGAAAUAAAAAGGAUUAUAAAAGAGCUCAAUGAACUAUUGUAUGGCAAUAAAUUAGGUAACUGAGAUGGAAUGGACAAAUUCCAAAAAGACACAAACUACUGAACCUAAAUCAAGAAUAACUGGAAAAUCAGAACAGAACUACAGAAGGGAAGGUGUUGAAUUGGUAAACAAACCAUCAUCCACAAAGUAAGGCUAGGCCCACAUUGUUUCAGCACAGAAUUCUCUGAAACAUUCAAAGUUUCUUAAUACAGAUUCUUCACACACUCUUCUAAAAAUUAGCAUGGAGAGCAUAGUUUGCACUCAUUUUGUGAGGCCAGUUACAAAAAAUUCCAGCAAACACAAACCAGCAUAAAAGAAAAGAAUUAUGCACCAUGACUAAGAGGAAUUAAUUCAAGGGAUAAAAGGUUUGGUUAUUAUCCAAAAUCCAUUUAUGUAAUCAAGGAUAGCAAUGGACUAAAAAGCAAAAAUGGCAUCACAUCAUUUCAACAGACUCAGGAGAAAUAAUGGACAAAAUCCAGUAUCCCUUCACAAUUAAAGCAGUCAGAUCACCAGGAACAGAAGGAAACUUCCUAAUGUCACAAUGAGCAUAUAUGGAAAACCCCCAGCUGAUAUUACAUUUAAUUAGGAAAGACUGGAUGCUUUCCCCUUGACAGUUAGGAACCAAAGAAGGAUGUCUGCUCUUGCCACUUCUAUUCUAGAAUAUACUGGAGAUUUCUGCUGGAAUCCUUAUGCAAGAGAAAAGAAAAUCAAAUGCAUAAAGAUGGGUUAGAAAGAUGUAAACCUCUGUCUACUUCCAGCUGAGGUAUGUUUUUAGAAAACUCUAAGGAAUCCACUAAAAAAUUUAUUGGAAUUGAUCAUUAAGGUUAGCAAAAUGGUAGGAUACAAGAUCAAAAUAUAAAACUCAAUUGUAUUUCUAUAUAUGAACAAUCUGAUAAUGAAAUGAAGAAAUAUUGCUUUGAGAAUAAAUUCAAAAGAAUCACAUACUUCAGAGUCAACUUAGCAAAAGAAGUACAAGAUGGAUGGCGAGGAAAGUGCAAUAUAUGGUCAAAAGAAAUUAAAAAGGUAUCAAUAAAUGGCAAAACAUCCCAAUUUCGGGCUUGGCCCCGUGGCCGAGUGGUUAAGUUCGCGCGCUCCGCUGCAGGCGGCCCAGUGUUUCGUUAGUUCGAAUCCUGGGCGCGGACAUGGCACUGCUCAUCAGACCACGCUGAGGCAGCGUCCCACAUGCCACAACUAGAAGGACCCACAACGAAGAAUAUACAACUAUGUACUGGGGGGCUUUGGGGAGAAAAAGGAAAAAAUAAAAUCUUUAAAAAAAAAAAAAAUCCCAAUUUCAUGAAUCAGAAGACUUACAUUGUUGAAAUGGCACUAUUCCCCAGAUGCCCUGAGAUUCAGCACAUACCUGACAUUGAUGCCAAAUGAUUCCUCUAUACAAAGUGGCAGGCUCUUUCAUAAAAUUAUGUGGAAUUGCAGGGGAGUCAGAGUAGUCAAAGCAAUCUUGAAAACAGAAAAACAAAAUGGUAGGACUACCAUUUCUUGAUUUCAAACUUUGUCAUAUGCACUGGUAAUCAAGAGUGUGUGGUACUGGGUCUGGCCUCGUGGCCGAGUGGUUAAGUUCACGUGCUCCGCUGCAGGCGGCCCAGUGUUUCGUUGGUUCGAAUCCUGGGCGCGUACAUGACACUGUUCAUCAAACCACGCUGAGGCGGCGUCCCACAUGCUACAACUAGAAGGGCCCACAGCAAAGAAUAUACAACUAUGUACCGGGGGGCUUUGGGGAGAAGGAAGAAAAUAAAAUCUUUGAAAAAAAAAAAAGUGUGUGGCACUAACACAAGGACAGGAAUACAGAUCUAUGGACAGAUUGAGAUUUGAGAACUAAACCCAUACCUCUGUGGUCUAAUGAUGUUUGAAAAAAUUGCCAAGUUUGAGGCAAGAAUAUUCUUUUUAUAAACUGGUGCUGGGCCAAGUGGAUAGCCAUAUGCAAAAGAAAGAGGUUUUAUCCUAAAGACCUAAAACUGAGUAAGCAAUAACACAAUUAGAUAAAAUACAGGGAGAAAUUCAUCAAGUUGGAUUUGGGAAAGAAUUAUUAGAUGAGACACAGAGCAAAAACAGGAACAACUACAUUAUUUGCACGUCAUCAAAUCAAUAACUUUUGUGCUUCAAAGGACACCAUCAAGACAGUGAACACACCCUUUGGAACUCUUGUGCACUACUGCUGUGAAUAAAAAAUUAUUUGGAUGGUAUGAAUGCAACACGGCAGUUCUUCUAAAUAUUACAAACUGAGUUACUGCCUGCACUAGCAAUGCUGCUUCUGGGAAUUGCAGUAGAUUUGAAAGCAGGGACUUCGACAGAUAUACGUCCACUGCUGUUUAUACUAGCAUUUUACACAUUUGCCACAAUGUGGAAGUAACCCAGGUGCCCUUCAAAGGAUGAAUGGAUCAAGAAAAUCUGGCACAUACGUACAAUGGUGUAUCAUUCAGCUUGGAAAAGAAAGCCAAUGGGCUACAACUGAACUAUACAGUUAAAAAAUGUUGAAAACGCAAAUUUUAUGGUAUGCGUAUGGUACCACAAUCAAAAGCAAAAAUUUUAAGGCAAGAGAGUGAAAACACAACCUAUAGAAUGGAAGAAAAUUCUGCAAAUCGUAAUUCUGAUAAGGAACUUGUAUCAAAAAUACCUAAAGACAUCUUCAAACUUAAUUAGAAAAAGUCAAGAACCUCUAAAUAUAGUAAAGGAUCUGAAUACACUGUUUCCAAGGAAGACAGGGAAAUGGUCAAGAGCGUAUGAAAAGAUGCUGGGCAUCCUUAAUGAGGAAGGAAACGCAAAUCAAAAACCCCAGUGACAUACCACUUCACCCCCACCAGGAUGGCUGGAAUCAAGAUGUGCGGACUCAGUAGCCAUUGAGGAUGUGACUGUGAACUUCACCCCAGAGGAGUGGGCUUUACUGGAUCCUUCACAAAAGAAACUCUACAGAGAUGUGAUGUGGGAAACCUUCAGGCACCUGGCCUCAGUAGGAAUAACAUGGGAAGGUCAUGAUAUUGAAGAUGAGUGCAAAGACCAGGGGAGAAAACUAAGAAAGCAUAGGGUAGGGAGACUCUGUGAAAGUGAAGACGGUAGUCAGUGUGGAGAAAACGUUAGCCUUCUUCCAAAUCUCAGUCUGAACAAGAAAACUACAGGAGUUAACCCAUGGGGUUGCAGUGCAUGUGGAAGAGUCUUCACGCAUCAUUCAUCCCUUAAAACGCACAUUAGAUGUCACACUGAACAUAAAUCAUGUGAGUAUCAAAAAUAUGGAGAGAACCCAUAUAAAUGUAAGGAAUGUGGGAAAGCCUUCACUUAUCUCACUUUACUUCGAGUUCAUGAAAGAACUCAUACUGGAGAGAAACCCUAUGAAUGUAAAAACUGUGGUAAAGCAUUCACUUGUUCCAGUUCUCUUCAAAUACAUGGAAGAAUUCAUACUGGAGAGAAACGCUAUGAAUGUAACAAAUGCAGUAAAGCAUUCACUUUUUCUAGUUCUUUUCGACUUCAUCAAAGAACUCAUACUGGAGAGAAACCCUAUGAAUGUAAAAAAUGCAGUAAAGCGUUCACUACUUCCAGGUCUCUUGGACUCCAUGAAAGAACACACACUGGAGAGAAACCCUUUGAAUGUAAAAUAUGUGGUAAAGCGUUCAGGUUUACCACUUCCCUUUCAAGACAUGAAAGAACUCAUACUGGAGAGAAACCCUAUGAAUGUAAAAAAUGCGGUAAAGCAUUCACCACCUCCAGUUCUCUUAGAGUCCAUGAAAGAACUCACACUGGAGAGAAACCCUUUGAAUGUAAAACAUGCACUAAAGCAUUCACUUCUUCCAGUUAUCUUCAAAAACAUGAAAGAAUUCAUACUGGAGAGAAACCCUAUGAAUGUAAAAAAUGCAGUAAAGCAUUCAUUUGUUCCAGUAAUCUUCGAGUCCAUGAGAGAACUCACACUGGAGAGAAACCCUUUGAAUGUAAAAUGUGUGGUAAAGCCUUCAUUUCUACCCAUUCUCUUUCAAGACAUGCAAGAACUCACACUGGAGGGAAACCCUACGAGUGUAAAAAAUGUGGUAAAGCAUUCUCUUCUUUUAGGUCUCUUGGACUCCAUGAAAGAACUCACACUGGAGAGAAACCCUAUGAAUGUAAAAAAUGCAGUAAAGUAUUUAUUUGUUCCAGUAAUCUUCGAGUCCAUGAAAGAAGUCACACUGGAGAGAAACCCUUUGACUGUAAAAUCUGUGGUAAAGCCUUCAGUUAUACCAGUUCUCUUUCAAGACAUGAAAGAACUCAUACAAGAGAGAAACCCUAUGAAUGUAAAACAUGCAGUAGAGUAUUCACCUUUUCCAGUUCUCUUCAAAAACAUGAAAGAACUCACAGUGGAGAGAAAGCCUCAUGAAUAUCAGGAAAGUGGGAUAGGCUUUACUUCUCCUGCAGACUUUUGAGGAUAUGCACAAAUGCACAUGAGAGGAUAAACCAUGUAGACAUAAACAAUUUGGGAUAGAUUUUGUCAUCCCAGUUCUUCCUGAAGGCAUGAAAGGACUCACUUGAUAAAAAUGUCUUGAAUGUAAACAGCAUGAGAAAGACAUCAACUGGCCUACAUCUUUCUGUGUGAAACUCCCACCAAAAAGAAAUGUAAAGGUAAGUCCUAUGAAAAAGCUUCAUGGAAUUUAAUUUGUAUGUGAGCUUCUAGAAAACUUUCAACAGGAAAGAAUUGUUAUAAAAGUAGUAAAUAGAUUGUAUUUAUCAAACUUCUUUAUUAAAGUGCAACAUUGGACUGUGGAUUUCUAUUAAUUACUUCAGAAAUGCAUAUUGAGGUGAGAUGUGUCUGCUAGUCGUCCUUAGUAAAUAGUAAAUAAGAUUCAUAGGUAGUGCUUUUCCCUUAAAUCAGUUAAUAAUUUUUUAUCUUUACUUUUUUUUAUAAUGUUUUAAUUUUUCUCUGUUAUGGGGCCAUUGAAAAGUGACAGUUUGUAUUUGUUGUGAUUUUCUUAGUGGCCUUGUAUUAUGGUUCCCUGAUAUGCCUCAUCCAUUGUACAUAUUGUACGUGUUUUAGAGAAAGCUCCUUUUGGGGGUUGGUGGGUGGAGGAGCCUGUUUUUAUUUUCUGUACUAUUAAACAGUUGGAAAAAAUUGUGUAUGGCAAGUUUAUCCAAUAGUGUACUUCCUGUGAAUUGUUAUUUUCCUAUUUUGGCCUUUGCUGUUUGUCCUUCCUUCUGACUGGUAUUUGGUGAAUAGACUUUAAAUUAAGUAGAGGCCUGUGGCAGGGCAACAAAAUCUAGAGCUGGACACAUCACCCCUGUACUGCAUCAUGUCAGUGAGGGUAAUCUGAAGAGCUAGAUCUUUAAGAAUCCAUCCCCUUUAUGUGCCAUGUUGGAAUUCCCCAAUGGCCUCACUUACAUGAGAUUUGGAAGGCAGAAGCACACAAGGCCUUAGGCCGAUUUUUCAGUGACCACACAGGGAGAGACACAGUUACGUAUGAGCUUCAUGAACACCAUCUUCCAUCCCUUUUUCUGGAUUCUUCACCCUUUUUGUCAAGAGUAUCUUGAAAACCACCAAUAACUAGUUGAUUUCCAUAUUGUUAGAGACACAUUUUCCACCAGUUUCACAUCAAAGAUCCAUUCGAGUUAGGGUCUUUCUGUAAGGCCUCUUGUGUCCACCAGGAAGCUAAUUCAGACCUUUGUGGGUGGGAGUAUUGUCUGAUUCCCCUUUUCUCUAGAUGAUAAUUGAAUAACGUCUGAUGUGUAUAGGAAACACCUUGUGAUGUUGAUAGUGCUAGUGAGCACAUUUUCCUGCUUGACCAUGGCAUCUACAAUGGGACAUAAAAAGAAGCACCUGCGAGUUUGUUUCCCUGCUGCGUUGUGCAGUGGCUGCCUUGACCCAGUUGUUCCAUGUGAGAACAAUCACCUUUCGCGUGCUGGGAACACUGUGUUUCCUGUUUCUUGUAGCUUGAAUGGAUUCCCUCGAUGUGUUCUCAGUAACCUUGAGUGUAUGUCAAUAAAACUAUGUCCAUUUGUUUGUGAAAUGAA